AUGAUGCAAGUUCCAAGCUCCAAUCAAUCUCACACAUCUAGGCGUUCCAAUGCAAGCAGCACAGCAAGAAUCGGUCGAUGGUUCGAUGGAUUGCUAGACAAGGCGUGCUGUGCCCCCGGAUACUCUGCCAAUGAUGUUGUUAUGGAUGACAACUCGAUUGCUUACAGAGAUAACGACAAUACCAACAGUAGCCAUCGUCGCCAUCGUCCCAAGAAUCCCCACCAACAGCGUCGCGAUGAUUCUGGCUCUGUCGGUUGGGACGAAGCCGAGGGCAAGAUUCACUGGUUGUCCGAUAUUCCAUCUUGUGAUUUGGGUACUUUAACAGACACACGGCAACAAACAACUCCUCAAAAGAACAGGCAAUACAAUAUGCGCUUUCACUUGAACGAAGAGCCACCUCUGUCGCCUGGUUCCGAUGCUACCGCCACGACAGUCUUGACUGGUUCAACCUCUUGCACGACGCCCAUUCACAAUCAACAGAAACACACGCGUCAACAGCCACACGACAAGAUCAAGACAGCACCCAUGAUGCCAACUAUUUCUUCCUCCUCCUCGAAACUAUCAUACCGUUCGCAUUCGACUGGCAAUAUGCGAAGUCCCGAGGAAGAGUGGCAACAAGUCCAAAAACAGCAGCCCGAGCGAAGAAUACCAAGCACCAAGUUGCCAAAGAAGAAACAACAAAGAGCACCCACUGAGCAAGUCGUCAUCCCAGAAGACUGGGCUCAUGAGCAUGGAAUGCGUCGUAUGUGGUCCGAAACUCUUCCCAAGUUACCCUUCCAGACAGUGCAACCGUAUUGA